AUGCCGCCGUUCGUCCCCCGCAAGCGCGUCUCCGAGGAGGACCCGCCCCCGGCCAAACGCCAGGCCCAGGCUCAGCCGGCGCCUAUCUCCGUCGAUGACCCCGACUCCGACUUCGACUCGCCGCUGAGCGACGUGCCCAAGGAGGAUAUCCAGACUCCUCUAUCACCGCACGAUGUUGAUUCUGAUUCUGAUGACGAAGAGGAGGAGGAGGAGGAGGAGGAGGAGGAGGAUAUCGACUGGGAGGAUGCCAUCGACACUAAAACCACCAGCGCGACGACGCCGACCCUGGCUGGGACCGAGCUCCAAGAUCUAGAGCUGAUCCUGGACAAGAAUGAAUCCCACGUCACAGACCUCCUGGACAGCAAGAAAGGGCCGACCAAGAUCGAGCGCCUGAUCCGCAUCCAGUCCCACUGCAUGCACGUCCAGUGCUUGCUCUUCCAUAAUGCCAUUCGCAACGCCUGGGCGAACGAUAAGAAAGCCCAUGAGAUAUUACGUCAUAAGCUACCGGAGGGCAUCCUCCAGGAAGUCAAGAAAUGGCGGAUCGCAUCGGGCUUGGAGCUCCCGGAGCCGAAACCGGAGCCACCGAAGAGUAAGAAGAAAGGGAAACAGGCGCGGAAAAACAAGGACUGGAGUGCGGAUUCUCAGCGAUUGGAGCCAGGCCAGCCAGAUAUGAGUCGGGGUGAUCCGAUCAUUGGCCUGCUCAAAGUCCUGGUUGCGUACUGGAGGAAGCAGUUCCGCAUUACGGCACCUGGCUUGCGGAAGCAUGGCUAUCGCCCGGUCUCCUCGCUGGAGGCUGUGAUCAACGAUUUUAGAAAUGAAGAGAAUGAUCCUGACUGCUAUGGAGAGCGGAUCGCUAAUAAGGAUGAGUUUCGGUCGGCUGCGGAGCGCAUGCAGGGCUCGCGAGAUGUCGGGGCUCAGCUCUUCACAGCUCUUAUCAGAGCCUUGGGGAUUGAGGCCCGGCUCGUGGGCAGCUUGCAGCCACUGGGCUUUGGCUGGACCAAAGCAGAAACCUACACCCCACCCAAGACCGAGGCCAAGUCAAAGGACCCCGUCCCAGACGACGAGCGGGGAGAGUCGAAUGAAGAUACAACACCCGAGGAUGAAGCACCAAAAUUAAAGAAAAGGAAGACACCAUAUGACAAGGAUAUGCCGUUUCCUAUCUACUGGACCGAAGUUGCUUCCCCUGUCACCCAUGAAAUUAUUCCCGUCGACCCGUUCAUCAUUUCCAACCCCGUGGCGACUACUCCCGAGCUCCAGGCGGCAUUUGAACCGCGUGGUGUCAAAGCCGAUCGUGCGAAGCAAGUGAUAUGCUAUGUCAUUGCACAUUCAGCUGAUGGCACUGCUAAAGACGUGACCACACGGUACCUCAAGAGACGGACCUGGCCUGGAAAGACCAAGGGCUUCCGCAUGCCGGUGGAGAAAAUCCCGAUCCCCGGCCUUCGAGGCCAGUAUCUCGAGUUUGACUGGUUCCGGGUGACCAUGCGUGGAUACGAAAGGCCCCCGAACCGCAGGACCAAGGUAGACGAAAUCGAAGAUGCGAACGAGCUCCAACGCAAACAGCCUGAGAAGAAGGAACCAAAGCAGAUGACAGAUACCCUGCAAAGCCUUCGCCAAUCAGCAGAGUUUGUGCUGGAACGAUUUCUCCGGCGCGAAGAGGCGUUGAAACCCGGCGCGGAGUCUGUCCGCAUCUUCACGUCUGGAAAAGGUGCCAAAGCCAAAGAAGAGCCUGUAUUCCGCCGCGCGGACGUGGUGAAAUGCAUGUCCGCGGAGAGCUGGCACAAAGAAGGGCGACAGAUCCUGCCCGGCGCAGUUCCCCUCAAACGGGUCUCCAUCCGAGCCGUGACUCUCCUGCGCAAACGCGAGGUGGAAGAGUUACAGCGCGAGACAGGGGAAAAGCCCUUGCAGGGGCUGUAUGCUCGCGACCAGACAGAGUAUAUCAUCCCACCACCCAUCCGCGAUGGCAUCAUCCCUAAAAAUGAUUACGGGAAUAUCGACUGCUUCGUGCCAAGUAUGAUACCCCGGGGCGCCGCACACGUCCCGUUGCCAGGCACUGUGCGUAUCUGCAAGAAGCUAGGCAUUGACUAUGCAGAGGCCGUUACUGGCUUCGAAUUCGGCUCGAAGAUGGCGGUCCCUGUCAUCCAGGGGGUGGUCAUAGCGGCCGAAAACGAAGACCUACUGAGAGACGCUUGGCGCACUGACGCCGCAGAGAAACGUAAACGUGAACAACUCAAAGCCGAGAAACGCAUCCUGCAGACCUGGCGCAAAUUCUUGUUUGGCCUACGCAUUACUGAGCGUGUGCGAGAGGAGUAUGGUGGCUUUGAUGUUGCGGAAGAUCGCCAGCGAGACUCUCACAAUCCCUUUGCGGCGCGUAAGAAGGAUCAGGGACAGCAUGAUGAGCCUGACAAUGUCGAGGAUGACCAUCUGGAGGAGUCCACCCAUCACGCUCUUGACCAUGGCGGUGGCUUUCUCCUGCCUGGUGAAGGCGAUGCGGAUGCCGACCAUGACUUGAUUGUUGAGCACCAUCACAGUGAUCGACGACGCGCAGCUUCUACCUACCACUUGAGUGAAGAUGAUGGCGGGUUGACCGAAGAAGACAUAGACGAGGAGGUUGGUGGCGACUCUGGAUCGGAGUAUACCACGGGCUGA